CACAAGUUCUUCUUCCGGUCGAAGCUGUUCGAUCGGAAGAACCGCUCCAAGAAGGCGGGAGUGAGUGAUAGUGCGGCGGACGACGAUGAGUUCAACGUCACCGGCAUUAGCCACCGGAUCAAGACGACCAGCACGGGCGGGUCGUCAACGAACCGAGUAGUGCGAAACAAUCCGUUGUACGGGGAGAACUUUAAGCGGUUCGUUGCCGGGGGCGAAAGUAUGGGACCUAUCAGUUUCGGUGCAAGUGCCAGCAAUAAAAGUGUCAUCGGGGGUUUGAGAACAGUUGAGGGAUCUUCGGUGAGUGGGGCUCGACGAGGCAAUAAUGAAUUUGGGGAAAACGUAAACGCUAUUUUGACUGAUCUGGACGAAGAGCUGGAGGUCAGAAACUGGCGUUAUCAAUUAUCCAAUGAUCAUUUCUAGGGUUAAGAGUUGUGUGAUAAAUAUUUUGAUAGCUAUGGUUAUAGUCAACAGUAAGAUAGUUUGAAUGUUUUAAAUAGACUAGGUGUCUUAGAUAAAAAAAACAAUUCAUAGUUUUCUGAAGUUUUACAAAAUUUUAUAUAUUUUUUGGUAAUAUUACAGCCUUUUGAAUAACGUUUGCAGAACAGAAAACUCAAUUGUUUUUACUAUAUAGAGUUUAAAUCCACAGA